UGGAGCAGAGAAUAGAAGAAAAGAAAACAGGGGCGAAACGAAGAAGAAGAAGACAGAGGAAUAUAAUUGAAUUGAAGUGAAGUGAAGAAUUAAUCAAAUAAUCAGGAAAGAGGAAGAAUGGGGCGGUCACCAUGUUGCGAGAAAGCACACACGAACAAAGGGGCGUGGACGAAAGAGGAAGACCACCGCCUCAUCUCCUACAUCCGCUCCCAUGGCGAAGGCUGCUGGCGAUCCCUCCCCAAAGCUGCUGGGUUGCAGAGAUGUGGGAAGAGUUGCAGGUUGAGGUGGAUAAACUACCUGAGGCCUGACCUCAAGAGGGGCAAUUUCACCCCCCAAGAAGAUGAACUCAUCAUCAACCUCCAUUCCCUCCUUGGCAACAAAUGGUCGUUAAUUGCGGGAAGAUUGCCGGGAAGGACGGAUAAUGAGAUAAAGAACUACUGGAACACACACAUUAAACGCAAGCUACUCAGCCGUGGCGUGGACCCACAAACCCACCGCCCGCUCAACACCUCCGCCGCCUCCGGAACCGCCACCGCCGCUGCAGCAAAGGAUAUUUGCCUGGACUUCAGAAGCGUAACCCCGACGGCGGCGUGUUCGAACGAAGACACGAAAUGCAGCAGCGGGACGACGACCGAGGAGCCUCGGCCCUCGAAACCGCAACCGUCGUUCAAUCUCGAUUUGUCCAUGGGCCCAUCGCCGCCGCCUGCAGCCGCACCCGAUGUACCCUCCACUUCCAACUCCGCGGAGUCGGUGCCGUCGUACGAUUUUACGACGGCGCCGAUGACGGCGUCGCCGCCGGUAUGCUUGUGCUGGCAAUUGGGAUGUCCCCAAAGUGGCACCAUGUGUCACAAAUGUCAUAAUGACACAUACAAAUGGUUUGAUUGACAUUAUGAGUUAUUGAUUAGCCACUUUAAUUUGGGUGCUUAAUUAGGUGAUCAUUUUAGGGUCCGUUUCUGAUUCCCCAAAUUGUAAUCAUGGCCUCAAGUCUUAAUCUAAUCACUACUCGUUUUAUGGUCCAAUUCCUUAUAACAUUAGAUUAAAGUUAUACUCGUUUC